CGAGGUAUUUUGAAAGCGCCGUAGAGAUAAAUAAACGCACACCGCGCCGAGCAGGCUGUGGUGGCAGAGGUUAUUAACAGUACGAAAAAUUUAGCUUCGUAACGCGUAAUUUAAAGCUAACUUUGGGCUGUAUAUUGCACCUCUGCGCCUGCAGAGAAUAAAGCAUUUCCGGUUGGACGUCGCUAAAGACUCUUAUUGCCACAAUGGUUUCCUACAAGAAGUUGAAUCCUGAAGAUGUCCAGUUUUCCAGCGCAGUUUUGUCAGAAGAGCCUGUUCAAGGCGAGGCUUCAGCGCUGGAGCCAGAGGACGCCUCAUUGCUUCAACGUGGACCUUCAUGCUCCGUCACCACGGGCCUCCUGGUGAUCGGCUGCCUCCUGCUGGUGCUCUGUGGAGCAUGGCUACUGGGUGCUGUGUUAUGGCUGCACACUCCCAACCAACAGGAGCAUAAACCGCCACUGCCGGGCCCAGGACAAACACCGGGCCCCAAAGUGCAAACAUCAGCGAACGAUACUGCUGCCUCUUUCCGCAGUGAGACAUGCAGUCUGAUACCAGAGGCGUGGAGGUUUGAUUGCUACCCUGAAAGAGGGGUGGUUGUGACCCGAGAGCUGUGCGAGGCAAGGAACUGCUGCUUUAUCCCUGCGUCCACCGCUUUCUCCUCUGCCAGUCGCCCGUCAGGGAAAAAUGGAAUCCCUUGGUGUUUCUAUCCUUCAGAGUUCCCUUCGUACUCGCUCGUGUCACUAAAUGACACGCUGCUGGGACAGAAAGCUACGCUCGUGAAGGAGGUGAAGACGUAUUACCCUGGAGACAUCCUCACCAUAGAAGUGGAGAUGCGUUAUGAGACGGACAAGCGGCUGCGUGUCAGGAUCACCGACCCUUCAAGCUCACGCUUUGAAGUUCCCAUCUCCGUCCCCACUGUCACCAACAAGACAGAAAGCCCAGAUUAUAUCAUCGAGCUCUCAAAGCAACCAUUUGGUCUUGUGGUGAAGAGGCGCUCAACAGGAGCAGUACUUCUGAACACCACUGUGGCGCCUCUCUUCUACGCGGAUCAGUUCCUCCAGUUCUCCACUUCCCUACCUACGCAGUUCAUUUAUGGCCUGGGCGAGCAUCGCUCCACCUUCCUGCACGAUGUCCACUGGAACACGCUCACCAUGUGGGCUAGAGAUGUGCCUCCAACGGAGCAGACAAACCUGUAUGGGGCUCAUCCAUUUUACCUGGCAAUGGAAGAUGGAGGGAACGCACACGGCUUCUUCCUGCUGAACAGCAAUGCAAUGGACGUGGUCCUCCAGCCUACCCCGGCCCUUACCUGGCGUACUAUUGGUGGGAUCCUUGACUUUUACAUUUUCCUUGGUCCUGAUCCUGGUUCAGUGGUUCAGCAAUAUGUGGAUGUUGUAGGAUACCCAGCGAUGCCAGUCUACUGGGCCUUAGGGUACCAUCUCUGCCGAUGGGGCUACGACACGAGUAAUUCUACGUGGGAGGUUGUCAAGAGCAUGAGGAAUUAUGGGAUACCUCAGGAUGUCCAAUGGAAUGACAUUGACUACAUGGACAAAUUUAUGGACUUUACAUAUGAAUCAAAAAAGUUUGACACACUACCUGAACUGGUCAGGGACCUACAUGCUCAUAACCAACGCUACGUCAUGAUCCUGGACCCGGGGAUCAGCAGCACACAACCCGAGGGCUCAUACUGGCCCUUCGAUGAAGGUGUAAAGAGAGGAGUUUUUAUUAAAGAUGCUGAAGGGAAAACGCUUAUUGGGAAGGUGUGGCCUGGUCUCACGGCAUAUCCAGAUUUCUCUGAUGAAGUGACACAUGAAUGGUGGUAUGACAACCUACAGAUGUUCCACGAUAAGGUGGCGUUUGAUGGACUAUGGAUUGACAUGAAUGAGCCAUCAAACUUCCUGGAUGGAUCGACCAGUGGCUGCCCAACAAACAAUCUUGAAAACCCUCCUUACACUCCAGGUGUACUGGGAGGUUUGCUGAGAGCCAAAACCUUGUGUGCCACCGCGCAGCAGAAGCAGUCCAUACAUUACAACAUGCACAGUCUGUAUGGACUGAUGGAAGCUAAAGCCUCUGCAAGCGCUCUGAAGCGAAUUGUGGCAAAGAGACCUUUCGUGAUCUCUCGCUCCACCUUCCCCAGUCAGGGCAUGUACUCUGGUCACUGGCUUGGAGACAACAGGAGUCAGUGGAAAGACCUUUACACUUCUAUAGCAGGUAUGCUGACCUUUAACCUUUUGGGCAUCCCGCUGGUGGGAGCAGAUGUCUGCGGCUUCAGCGAGGAGACACAGGAGGAAUUGUGCGUCCGCUGGACUCAGCUGGGAGCUUUCUAUCCGUUCACACGAAACCACAACGCCAUCAGCAUGAAGCCUCAAGACCCGACAGCUUUCAGCCCGCUUGCUCGCACAGCCAUGAAGGAGGCUCUGCUGCUGCGCUACUCUCUCUUCCCUGUUCUCUACACUCUCUUCCAUCACACGCAUGUGCACGGACACACAGUGGCUCGACCAAUAAUGUUCGAGUUUCCCAAAGACGUGAAAGCCUACGGCAUCGACAAGCAGUUCAUGUGGGGGAAGAGUUUGUUGGUGACACCAGUGUUGGAUCCUGGAGUGGACUACGUGGAUGGUUACUUCCCGGAGGGACUGUGGUACGACUAUUACACGGGCGACUGUGUGACCAGUAAGGGCGAAGAGCUUCGACUCAAUGCGCCUCUAGAUAAGAUCAACCUGCAUUUGCGUGAGGGCUCCAUUAUACCAACACAGGCGCCCAACCUGACCCUGUGGGUAAGCACCGGUCAGCCUCUCCACCUCGUCUCAGCUCUCUCUCAAGAUGGUUCAGCCAGUGGAGAUCUGUUCUGGGAUGAUGGAGAGACCAUCGACACCUACGAGACCAACCAGUACGCCUACAUCAUCUUCAGCAUUGCUCAGAACACAAUGACAUCCCAGGUGCUCUCUAACCACAUCGAGGCGUCAUACAUCACUGUGGAGUCGGCCUCCUUCUAUGGUGUGAAGGAGAAGCCGAGCAGAGUGUUGGUGAACUCCCAAGAUGCACCGUUUACCUACAGAAACAACCAGGUGUUAACAGUCACUGAUCUGGGUCUCAGCCUGAGUCAGAACUUCACCAUCAGCUGGAUGUAAGCAGCUGUGAAGCCACAAGCUUGCGCAGCGCACCAUCUCCAAGAAUAAGAACAGCCAUUUCUUUCAAAUUAUUUUGGCUCUUGACUCAAAGACACUCGAUGCGAAAUAGGGAUGUCGGGUAAUUUACUUCAUUGAUGGUCGUCGCCCUUUAAAGAGCAGUAUUUCACUUAACUCUUCAAACCUUUCCUUGGGAUAUGCCUGUAUAGCUCUGCAGCAAGCGUAGAAAUGAAAUCACUGGGGCUCAACAUUUUCACCAUUCAGAUGUCCUUGUCAGUGUUUCCACAUCUGCAUUGGGUGUCUUGCUCGUAGGCUUCGUAAGGGAGGGAUUCACUUAAAAAAGAUCACAGCUGCUGACGUCAAUGCAAACGCGCUUGAAUACAAAGGUUGCGUGAAUGUUAAGAGUUUAUACCCGAUGAUUAGGAAUAAAGAGCCAAAGCAAAGGGUCCGUCAGUUAGGAGUGAAAUUUAAGGUACUCAGGAGCGAGGGGGUCAUAUUGUAGUGUUAAUAUCAUCCUAAUGCAGGCUUUGCACAAUUAGACAAAAUCGCCUUCCUGUGCUCGGCAUGCUUUGAAAAGCUUGUCAUCACUGACCAAUAGCAGUUUAGACGCAGCUUUAAUGUCUUUGGAAGACCACUCUCUUUGUGUGGAUCUGAUUUAUAUUAUAGUUUGGUCUGGGUAGUCUAUACUAAGUUAAUGUAAUCAACACUGCAUUUUUAAUUUUACUUUUGUUCCCUUUUUUAAGUCCUCGUGAGCAGAAAAAUGACGUGCAAUAAAUGAGUGAGAUAAAAUUAGCUUCCUUAAAAUGUGACAGCAUAGUUCAUCAUGUAGUUUGUUCCAUGUGCUUGAAAGUUGUUUACAGUCUGUUUUGCACUAAUUAGUACUGCAAUAUAGGACAGGUGGGUGUGCCUUAUGAUUCCUUUUCUUCUUUUUCUUUGUUUUUAAGCAUCUCUGCUUUAUAACGUCAGCCCCUUUUCAACGCUGAAGACCGUAUUACUGUUAAACACAAGAAGGACUUUGCUGAUUGCAAGUGUUGUACAAUCAUUUUACUGUGACUCGUCACUCUGACAGAGCAGAAUACAAAUGAAAGCUAAAACUUGUUUUCCUUGUCUUUAGAUCAGCACUGUUCAUUUCUGCCUAAAUUUGAAAUUGAUUUAGUACAUUUGCCGUGAAUUAGUAUUUCUCACGGAUUCUUGUAGACAACACUGGAAAAGAAUAUGCUGACAACGACAUGAAUGCGUGUUCGUGUGAUGUACUCAUACUUCACCAAGUGUCACCGACAGUUUGCAGUAUUUUAUUUUGAAGGUAUUAUAAAUUUUAUGUGCUCAAAUUGAAUUUCAGUUUGACUUUUAUUUGAGUGUAACAUCAGACAAUAAAACAUU